UGUUGCAGGUAAUUCUCUUCGGCUAACCUCUCAAGAAUGACCGACUUCGAUACGGAUCCUACUUCCAUGUAUAGCGUGAAAGGAAUUGUUAUCCUUGAUCAAGAUGGAAAUAGAGUAAUUGCAAAGUACUUCGACAAAUCCACUUUUGGAACUACGAAGGAACAGAAAGCUUUCGAAAAAAGUUUGUUCCAGAAAACGUCGAGAAAUUCAUCAUCUGAAAUCAUCCUUCUUGAUGGUGUGACUUGUAUCUACCGAUCAAACGUUGAUCUGUACAUGUACGUUCUCGGCAGUAGUCGCGAAAAUGAAUUGGUUUUGGAAUCUCUGCUGAACUGCCUUUUCGAUGCUAUCUCUACAGUCCUUCGGAAAAAUGUUGAGAAGAAAGCCCUGAUCGAUGCAAUGGAUACAUGCAUAUUGAUUAUCGACGAAAUAUGUGAUGAAGGAAUUAUUCUCGAAACGGACCCUCAAGCAGUUGUCUCUCGCUGUGCGUUGAAGGCUGACGAGAUCUCUUUCUCAGACCAGACAUUCUCACAAAAGGGAGCAGAGGCUAAUCUUUUCAAGAAAGAGAAGCAUGGAACUCAUGCUGAAUCUAGACGAGGGACUUUCAAAUUGGAUGACAUGAAGGAUGCUUUGUCAAAAGCCGUGGAAGAAACCAAGGAAAACAACAUGAACAUGGAGAGCACCCUUUUUCGAGAUGAGUCGCACGUUAUCACUCUUUCUGGCAUUGAGAAUUUUUUCUUGCAAGGAAAAGUUCCACAGAUAAAUCAAGCCCACGGUGGACGACGUAAAGGCAGGAAUCUACCUCAUCAAGCGGAUCCCAAUCUUUGCGAAGAAGAGGAUGAAGAUGAGUCUGAAGAAAAAGAGGUUUCAGAGGAGCAGUUUGCACACUGCGAUCUUGGAAAGCUUAGAGACUAUCUCAAUAGCGAUGAAGUCAAGCAGAAGGAUGCUAAGCGUAUAGAAAUUUUAAGACAGGAGUUUUCCUGGUGGACUUACUGCUUGGCGGGUGGAUUCAACUUACUACUUUACGGUGUUGGGUCAAAAAGGGCCUUAGUGAAUGCGUUCCGUGAAGAGCAGCUGAGUAGGUAUCGAACCUUAACGAUCGAUGGCUUUCGUGAAGAUGUUACCUCCAAAUCCAUCCUUGUUAAUGUCGUCGAGUGUAUGCAACUCAAAAACUGCGAGCAAAAGCGACGACCACUAGUUGAUUGGGCAAAACAUAUUGCUUCCACCAUCGAACAAAAGAAGCAGCAGCUUAUCAUCUUGCUGAACAACAUCGAUAGCCCCAAUUUGAGAGAUCCUCUGGAUCAGACUGUGUUGGCGAUGUUAGCAGAAAAUCCUGCGGUUUUAUUGGUUGCCACCAUCGAUCACAUCAAUGCAACCCUUUUGUGGACAAGCGUUUUACUAGAAUCAUUCAAGUGGGUGUACUGCCGCGCGGACACCUUUGCUUAUCCUGCAGAAGAGUUGCUUGCAGGACAAUCGUCGCUGUUAGGACUCAGUGCCAAAAGUAGUCAUUCGGCACAUUCGCUCUCCUCUCUCGACGUAUUAUGGCAAUCCUUAGCAGCGAACUCUCGUUCCAUAUUUCGGCUCUUCUACGCCAUGUACUUCACGGCAAAUGAGCCUGUACCAUUUUGGGACCUCUUCGGUGCAGCCAAGGAUGAUUUUCUUGUCUCUUCGGACACCGCAUUACGGCAACAGUUGGUUGAGUUCAAUGAUCAUCGAAUACUGAGAUGGAAACGAAAAGAAGAUGGAAAUGAGCAGUUAGUUGGAACGCUGGAGAAAUCAUUGGUGGAGAAAUUCUUUGAAGAAAAAGGACUCAACUUAGAAUUCUGAGCUUGAUGUAUCAAAUAUAUCACAUUCCAUUCCGCACUGCCUCGCUUAUGCUUUCGAUUUGAUACUCGCAUAAUGAUCACAGAAUCUACUUUUCUCGAAUGUCUCUCUCAUAUCCUAGCCUUUUGAACUGGUCGCCGGUAGUCUUUUCUCUUACAAAAAACCUGUAUAUUUGUAAUGUUCAUAAUUUAGUGUGACCUUUUAUCUGCAUUUGCUAUCCUGAAUUUUUGGAAAUACACAUUUGAUUAAGAUGUUCGACAUUUAUAUGCAUUUUCUGACUUUGUCAGUGUUACAAGGGUGAAAGAAGUGCA